AUAAUUGCUUUGCGCAUUUCUUAUUCACAGCUCAUCAAAGAUCUAUCAGAAUUAUUGAACAAUCAACAAAAGGAGAACCUGCUAGAACAUUUGACAACCCAUAUGCGACUGGGUCAUUUGGAAAGUCUUCGACUCACCUCCCGUCUGCAUUCAACUUGUAUGCCAUUUGGUGAUUGUUACGAUUUCGUAUCAUGGUUACCACCCGAAUUGGUCGCCCGUAUAUUUUCCUAUCUCCCAUGGGAUUCGCUUGUUGCCUGUUCCCUGGUCAAUAGAGCCUGGUUCCGGGCUGCCCGCAAUCCCGAACUAUAUCGCCGGUUGUGCCAACUACCCGAGUGGGGUUCGCCCACUCUAGAUCGUUCUCAUCAGCCCCAGACCGGGGCACGACCAGUUGAUGCAAAUGAGCCUGCAGACUCCCGUUCUGUAUUGACUUCAAACAGCGAUUCGGUGACAGAUCAAAACAUGAUCGAUUGGUUUAGCAUUUUCAAGACCCGAUCUCGACUAAGAAGAAACUGGCUGCUGGGCAAACAUCGGACACGAAGAUUCAGCGGUCAUAGUGAAGCUGUUUACUGUGUCGCCUGUGAUUCUCAUCGGAUCGUCAGUGGUUCCGCGGAUGCCACAAUUCGAGUGUGGAAUGUGCGCACAAAUGCUACAUGGUCUGUACAAACCCUUCGGGGGCAUUCGGACGCAGUUCGUUGUUUACAAUUACUCCCAUUGGCCCCGUCCUCACCUGCGGCCUCCUCGUCCUCCUCCUCCUCAUCAUCAACAUCCUCAACUUGCCACAGUCCGUCCAGUGAUAUUGGUGGCCGCACGAUAUCCUGUCGGGACGGAGACAGUCCGAUGACGGAUGACAGGCAACCGCCGGAAGCACUCCUGAUCUCGGGCAGUACAGACACAACCAUUAAACUUUGGCGCCUGUCCUCGAACACCAAUUGGUCCCGUAUUGCUUGCAUUCGUACGUUACACGGUCAUACGGAUACUGUACGAUGUCUUCAAGCCGAUCAUGAAAAAGUAAUCAGUGGCUCGUACGAUUGUACACUGCGGUUAUGGGACCUGAAUACGAAUCAGUUGGGUCACGUGUUUCGUGGACAUUCAGCCGGUGUGGUUUGUUUGGUCUAUGAUGAUCGUCUUCUGUACUCCGGCUCUCUUGACAAUACCGUUCGAGUGUGGGAUUUGUCCUCGGCCAUUUGUCUGUACAUUCUCUAUCGAUCCGUGCCGUGCCUGAAUGCUCAACAAUUUUGGCUCACACCAGUCUCCAGUUUGCACUUGGAUCCUGUCAGACAUCGACUGCUGAUAGCGCAUCAUGACGGUCUCAUUCUCAGCUGGCCACUUCCUCCCCGAUCUGAGGAACUGCGAGUGCCCGGAGACACUGUCCCAGACCCAUAUAUUCGACGGGAUGAUUUUGCCAAUAUGCGAUCACUUGAUCCGAUCGGUGUGCAUCUGACUGAUCGGUUUGCACCGACUGAAAAUCCUGCUGGUACCGUACUCCGCUGUAUCGUGGGUGACGCGUGGCAUAUUGUUUCCGGGUCUGACAACAAGACUAUAAAGGUGCGAAACGUUUUCUUUAAAGUUGCCUCAAAUUGCUAA